AUGCAAUCUCGCCGAAGUCGUCUGCUAGUGGAAUCCUGCUCGUUCGAAGAGGAGACGGCACCGUUGAAUAACGAACUUGAAGAUAUCACGCUGAAGAUUGACGGCUACGUUCGUGGCCCUGCAUUGGAUGUCAACAAACUGCUGCACAUCUCUGGUGGUGGCGACUUCCAGAUAGAGCGUAUCGAAACCUUAGCCGACCCGAAUGGCCAUGAUGACUAUAAGAGCGAGCCAACUGACUUAAAGAUCACAGUCGCUGAUCCGGAAAAGCAGGAAAGUCUCGUUUCAGAAGUGACGGUAAAUCCAAUGGAAUGCGAGCAGACGUGGCCUACUCCUGAAGAUUUGGCUAACGCUAGAAAGCUGCACCCUGCACGCCAGCGGCAUGUUUCAGCAAGCAUCGUUGGUUUAGCCUAUAACAUCGUUUCGUUGGUUGGUUUCGUUCGUUUCGUUUCGUUGGCAGAAAUCAACGAUCACAUGACGGUCACGUUUGAUGCCGAUGUUGUCUUCGCUGCCGAACAAGCGGAAAACAAGUACUACUUCUUGCUUAUACGAUAG